AUGGCUCAGCAUCACUUCUUCGACAUCAAACCUGUCGGGCGCUUCGCAGGACAAAAUGCGGCGAUUCGAAGACCCCGAGAGAUCACUUUCUUUUCCUUUGACGAGGACCACAGACUUCGUCACGAUGCUUCGAGCCUGCGUUACUACUACCCCCCGGCCGUCCCCUGCGAUCUCAACAAAGGAUUCGACACAUUCCGGCAGCUGGACGACUCCGCGGACGACCAUCUUGAUGGCUUGUUAGAUGCGCUAAUUUUAUACGAAAAAGAAAAAGGGAAUAAGGUGGACACAGAUAUUAUAACAUGGCGCGGAAUGAUGACCAAGAUCAUGGUAGCGCCGUUCUCCUCCUUCGACGACUGGGAAAUGAACGCCACUCUAUUCCAGGGCACCAUCUUCAUCGAAGAAAACCAUUCCAAGAAGGUUGCUUCUCGAGAGCAUCAAUUUUCGGAGGUUGCUCGUCCCGGCGCCAUGUCCCAAGAUCUCAUGAGUUUCUGGGGAUACAAAUUCGAGACGGUGUCGCUAUUGCCAGAACCAUGGUCGGCCACCCCGAGAGAAUAUAUUGAUUCCCGCGAAGACCAGAUUGUGAGCAACUAUGCUCAGUAUUGUUCAAUUGUCCGUACGGGAUUUGGAAAGGUGAAAAUGAUAAUUGGAGGAGAGGUCGAUGCGGUCAUGGACUUCAAGCCAGAAGACAAAUCUCAGCCGGUCAAUUGGGUAGAGCUCAAGACCACUGCUGCGGUGACCAACGAGCGGGAACAGAUCAAGUUCGAGAGGAAGCUGCUGAAGUUCUGGGCUCAGUCAUUUCUGCUUGGAGUGCCAAAGAUCGUGGUUGGUUAUCGAACUAGCCAAGGCAUCCUCGAGUAUCUCGAGGAGCUUGACACACAAAGUAUCCCAGAGAAGGUGCGAGUCAAAGGUAAUAAUCUGUGGGAUGGGCAGACCUGCAUUAACUUCGCCUCGAGUUUUCUUGAAUGGCUGAAGGGUGUUAUCACCGAAGGCGGCGUCUGGAGGAUCCAGAAACGGGACAAAUCCCCGAGACUUGAGAUCUUCAAAGUUGAAGAAACAGGCCAUGGAGACAUUCUGUCCCCAGCGUUCGUUGAGUGGCGAACACAUGGUCUGAAAGACCAACAACAGAAACAGGCGACAGCCGCAGACAACAAUGUCAAUGGCACAGGCACGGUGUCUGAACCUCCCUGA